AUGGGCGACGAAGAGUCCAACAUGGCCCAGCUGGGGUCAGUGGCCCUCAACGGCUCAUCCCCCAAGAAAGUCGCGUAUUUCUAUGACUCUGACAUCGGUAACUACGCAUACGUCACUGGUCAUCCUAUGAAGCCUCACCGCAUCCGCCUGGCUCAUAGUCUUAUCAUGCAAUACAAUCUAUACCAGAAGAUGGAGAUUUACCGCGCCAAACCGGCGACUCGAGGCGAAAUGACACAGUUUCACACCGACGACUACAUCGACUUUCUACAAAAAGUAACUCCUGAUAAUAUGGACAGCUACAUGCGCGAGCAAGGCAAAUACAACGUCGGUGACGACUGUCCUGUAUUUGAUGGCCUCUUCGAAUUUUGUGGCAUCAGUGCAGGAGGCAGUAUGGAAGGGGCCGCAAGGCUAAACAGGCAAAAAUGCGACAUCGCCGUCAACUGGGCUGGAGGUCUUCAUCACGCGAAGAAGUGCGAAGCCAGCGGCUUCUGCUACGUCAACGAUAUUGUACUAGGCAUUCUCGAGCUUCUGCGAUUUAUGAAGCGUGUACUUUACAUCGAUAUCGACGUUCACCACGGUGACGGUGUUGAGGAGGCUUUCUACACAACCGAUCGAGUCAUGACUGUCUCUUUCCACAAGUACGGAGAAUAUUUCCCCGGCACUGGUGAACUUCGUGACAUUGGUGUUGGCCAAGGCAAACACUACUCCGUGAACUACCCCCUGCGCGACGGCAUUACGGACGACUCUUACAAGUCCAUAUUCGAACCGGUUAUCGAGAACGUCAUGAAAUAUUAUCAACCCGAGGCUGUAGUUUUACAGUGUGGUGGUGAUAGUCUUUCUGGUGAUCGACUCGGCUGCUUCAACCUCAGUAUGGACGGCCACGCUAACUGCGUGAGUUACGUCAAGAGCUUCGGCCUGCCUACUCUUGUCCUUGGUGGCGGUGGUUACACAAUGCGAAACGUCGCAAGAACAUGGGCUUUUGAGACGGGUGUGCUUGUUGGACAAGACAUGGAUCGUACUCUCCCCUACAAUGAAUACUACGAAUACUACGCCCCCGACUUUGAGCUAAACGUCAGAUCAUCGAAUAUGGAAAAUUCCAAUAGUCGCGAAUACUUGGAGAAAAUCACUGCCGCUGUCAUUGAUAAUCUCCGGAGUACGGGCCCGGCGCCCUCGGUACAAAUGCAAGAUGUGCCACGAAAGCCGUUCGGCGGUAUGACUGAUGAAGAGGAAGCCGAAUUAGAUGAUCUUGAUGAAGAUGAAAACAAAGAUGUGCGAAUGACCGAGCACCGCUGGGACAAGCACAUUGAGAAUGGUGCCGAGUUCGAGCCUAGCGAUGACGACGAGCUAGCACGAGCAAAUGGCGCAACGCGUCAAUCCAGCAGCAAGCGCAACUUCAACGACUUUAGAAAAGACAGUGAAGAUGAAGAUGCUGGGAAUUCUGCCGAAGCUAUCGAGGGCAAGGCUGUGGAGGCUAACGUUGAGGAAAGCCACGAUGUCAACGACGACACUAUCGAGGAUCUCGGGGCUGCUGAGCAAGACAAGGAGCCGGCCGUGGAAAGCCCUGAGGAGCAAGCGGAUAAGGAAAACACCGAUGGCGAUGGUGAUAUCGGCAUGACCGACUCUGUCCCUGCUGAAGAAGACGCGAAGAUUAAGGAAGAGGACGUGGAAAUAGAGAACGCGCCUGCUCCGGCAGCAACCGCUGCGACUCCAGGAGAUGCAGAGAAGCCAGCCGACGAUCCGGUCGCGGAAAAUGACAAAGCUGACGCGCCCAAGGAUGUGGAGAAGUCAACUGGUGAAGAGGACGAAUCGGAGAAAUCUGAGGCCAAAGAGAAGGAGGAGCAGCCGGCGGAUGCGAUGGACCUAGACGGGGACAAGGAAAAGGAAGCCGAGUCUAAGGUGGCUGAUUCAUCCUCCUAG